AGUCAGACUGCUUACACGCCCAGUAGGAAUGGGGGGGGCUUUCGCACGGCAUUCUGGGAAUUGUAGUCUUUCCGCGACCUCGACCCUCGAGGGCGAAGUGGCAUCUAGCCUGUCGCCAUUUUAGGUCUCGAGGUGCAGCGCCUGCGAGCGUCCACGCGCAGGCGGGCUCAGCCCUGGCUUCGGGCGGGCCACGCCUCCAGGGUGCCUAGAGCCCGCCCCUCGCCCAGGCCCCGCCUUCCCCCACGUGUCUGCGGCCGAGGGGAGGCGCCUGAGCUGGCGCUGGCUCUCCCGCUGUCUGGCCCGGUCCUCGGACAGGUUUCUGACAGCGUCUCCCCGGAGCGGUCCCGGCUGCCGGAUGCUUCCGCCCCGGCUGCGGUGGGCCGGGCUGGACGCUUAGUGCCCGGCUGGAGCCCUGCCUGAGGCGCCCGCGGGGGUGGCAGCGGCCUCCGCCCCGCGGAGACCGAGCGGCUGGAGGACGAGGCGGCGGCCGUGGGGAGGAGGAUGGGGGCUAACCAGUUAGUGGUGCUCAACGUCUACGACAUGUACUGGAUGAAUGAAUACACCUCAUCUAUUGGAAUUGGAGUUUUUCAUUCUGGAAUUGAAGUAUAUGGCAGAGAAUUUGCUUAUGGUGGCCAUCCUUAUCCUUUUUCUGGAAUAUUUGAAAUUUCCCCAGGAAAUGCUUCUGAGCUAGGAGAAACAUUUAAAUUUAAAGAAGCUGUUGUUCUAGGGAGUACGGACUUUCUAGAAGAUGAUAUAGAAAAAAUUGUAGAAGAGCUGGGGAAAGAGUAUAAAGGCAACGCCUACCAUCUGAUGCACAAGAACUGCAAUCACUUCUCUUCAGCUUUAUCAGAGUGUCUGGGACUCCAGCACAUGAAUGGUGCUGUCUGCAUUGAGGAUUCUCUGUGGGAAAGAGAUUCCUCGCUGGAUCAACCGGCUGGCCUACUUCAGCUCCUGUAUACCCUUUCUACAGAGUUGCCUCCCAAAGGAGUGGCUCACUCCUGCUGCACUGCAGUCUAGUGUCAGCCAAGAACUCCAGGAUGAACUGGAAGAAGCAGAGGAUGCGGCCGCAUCCUCUGCCAUGGCAAGUGCUUCGGCUGGUGCCAGAACUGGGCGUCACACUAAACUAUAAGACCUCUGAAGUCAGGCCUUCAGAACUGUCUCUGGCAGUUGAUUAUUACUAGAAAAAAAGAAAAUAGAGUAAAUGUCCUUUGGAUAUUUUGUAUGCAAAGAUGGCUCUCCCCCAAAUCCCAGUUUUUCAGCUCAGGAUUAUAUUUGUAAUCAAAAACAAAAAAACAAAAAAGAAGAAAAGUAGCUUGGCUCAGGAGGGAGAGCUUUGUAUGAAGCUGCCCUCUUUUCUUUUCUUUUUAACCCACUUGUAAAUUUGGAUUCACUUCCUCUGUUUUAUACGAGCUCUGUUAAAUUACGUUUACAGUAUUUUGUACCACUGUUUACAAAUCUUGCAUGGACUUCUGCCACGGUGAAAGAAGAAUAUCCUCAUCUUCAGAAAUUAGGCAGAUGACCUUUGUACACUUCCUGACAGUUGCCAGAGCUGCAGCAUAAGUAGUAGGCACAAGGAAAGACUUUCACGGCCACAGUCCUCAUCACUGCUUACAAGCUGUCCCUUAGAUCUAUUUGUUUUGUUACCAUUUUUGGCACCCAGAUACAGGAAUCCAAACUGGCCUGACAUGAAGGAGCACACACACACACAGCCAGAGGGCUUGGGUUCUGGGUCAGUUCCUCUCCACACCCCUCUUCCCACUCUGAGUAGCACAUUUCCCAAGGUGCCCGUGGAGCAGCUGGUUUCACCCCAAAUAUGCCCACCUCAGCAGGGUGGUUGGUACUCUUGUAUCUGCCUGACUUGAUGCCUCUGAUUCUUUAAUGAAUAUUUUUCAUGGAAGAUACUCUUAUAACUGAUGAGUGGUUUUGCACAUGUGUUAGGAGAGGGGCUUCCUCUUUAUUUUAAUGCAUUCUAAACUCCUCCUUGAAGAGGAUAUUUGUGGUGGGGUAGGAGUGCCCUAACCCAGCUUCCUGAGCAGCAGUACAGACUGUCAUGAGGCUGCUUUUUAACUAGCCAGGCUACCUUUUAUACUGGACAUUGAAACCUAGAACCUAGAGUCUAAAAUACACCCCAAAGGUAAUUCUUUAAUAUUUAAUACUUUGUGUACACCACAUCAGAAAUGGCUUAUAGAGUUUCUCAGUUCAUGAUGGGAGUAGUUGCACCUCAUAAUAGAGAUUCUAUUUUCAUUGAUAUCUUGUUGAAAAAUCAUAUUUUUGUGUGUCUUCAAUUCUUUUUUUUAUGUUCUCAAACGUAUGUCUCUUAGCUAACACACUCUUGGGAAUGAGGUGCGCCACAGGUGAGUCUUCAGUGAGGAAGCCGUCUGUCGCUUAGAGUCCAGCCCAAGUGACCCUUGGAUGUAGAACCAAUCAUUACAUGUCACAAUCAAUGUUCUGCCUUAAGAGUGAGUGUCCUGUGUAAGUAGUGGAUACAACAUAGAACAUCCAAGGUACUGACUGCAGCUUUAGAUCCGUGAGUAGUGUGAGAGUCACAUUCUGUGUGAGGAUGCAUGUCUUAGAGUAAAUUACAUCUUUAAUUUUUCCAUGAGCUGAUUUUGAUUGAUACUUUUUAAUGUAAGCACACUCUCUUUAUAGGGAAAGUAAACCUUGGGUUAUUUAACACUGGCCUGAGGAAAAUGAAGUCACUUAGUGCUGUUUCGACUGUUCUGUUUCCAGAGAAGAAAGCUGCUGCCAAUUGCCCUGCUCCGUGCCGGGUGCGCAGAGCACUGUUUCAGGAACCGUGCAGCCAGACAGAGUAUGUGAUCUUCAUGAAGGGUUGGCUUAGUGCAGGUCUGAAAAUGAGACUUAGGACAAGACACUAUGUUCCCCAAGAGGCAUUCACUACAAGAGCCCAAGCCCUCAGCCCAGCUUAAUAGGAGAUGCUUGGUACAGUUGACUUGGGGUUUUUGUUUGUUUGUUUGUUUUAUUAAUAGUAUGGAUCAUGGUGUUUUCUAAUCCAUUGAGAUAUAAAUGUUUAUAUCUCCCCCAAGGGAGGGGCCCCUCAGACAUUUCUGGGUAAAUAACCAAGAACAUCUCUGUGCUCACCCCCAUUUCAGCAGCUCAGUACAUGAGUGACUUGCUGUUCUCACGCCUGCCUGGGAUAUUUGACAUUUGAAGUAGUGUAAAAGUCUUCUGGGAAACAAACAGCGCAUGUGCAGGUCACCUGAGCGUCUGGGUGCACUCUGCCUUGCACUUGAGUGUAUCUGAGGUUGAGAGGAGGAAAACCUCAUUUAGUGAGACCUUCUCUACAGUGCAAAAGAAGAAUGGGUUAAUUAACUUUGCUUUUUUUUGCCCUCAGAAGAAAGCAAUGAGUUCUCAGCAUGAACUCAUAAAAACAAAAAAACGAAAAAAAAAAAAAAAACCCAAGUCAGAACUCCGGUCAUAAAUUUACAUGAAUUUACAUAUUUUGUAGUUGUGACCAAGUGAAACUGUUUCUCCUGGUAGAUGUUUGAACAGUAAUAGCAGCACUGGAUCAGAUAGCUGGUUUCUGGUGCUUGUUUUAAAUAGAUAGCUGGUUUCUGGUGCUUGUUUUAAAUACGCUUGGGCUUUUUAAGGCCUCAUUGGGGGCAUUUGCUUUAGAAAUGUGAUUCGUGGGGCUGUAGAAGGUAAGGAUUGUCUUAGAGCACUUCCAGGCCUGAACUCCAGCCAACUAUUGCUCUGAUUCACAGCAAUAGCAUACUUACCCAUCACCAGCAUCUUACAGAACAGGGAAUUCCAGGGUUAGUCCAUUGAUAGCCUUUUUGUGUGUGUGUGUGUGUGUGUGUGUGUGUGUGUGUGUGUGUGUGUGUGUAGAUUAGGCACCGCAGACAGCUGCAGGACUCUGUUUCCAUGGCUUCUUUCAUCAUAAGACGGGUAGAAACACAUUCACUGCUUCACGGCUCUAAACCAUGUUUCGUCUUAUGGCUCCAUUAUAUAUUUACUGUAGCUUUGGUGUAUGCUAUGUUUUCCUUUUAAAUGACUAAUGUUAAACGUUAGUUUUUUCAGCAGUUAGUCAUCCUUUCAUUACAUCCCAUUCUUACCAUAUGGUUUGAGAAUGUAGCUUGAUUGUUAGACUUUCAUUGUGUGCUCAGUCUAUUCACACACAUCUCCACUGUCAACAAGUGGGACAGCUGUCAACGAAUCUUCAUGGACCUGAAGAGAAUUUCUGUGAAGUUGAAUGCAAGUGUACUGUCAUUCACAGUGUUUAUAAAACACCAGGAACCUUCACUUUUGCUACCUUGAUAUAGCAUUGGAUUAUCAUGUUACAACAUUGAAAUACAUCAAUUUAUUAAAAACUACUUUUAUAAGAAA